AUGUCUGCCGCGGAGGCCGUAGUGGCGCCUGCGAAUACCACAGGCGGCACGUUGGAUACUGCACUGGAUGCUGCGCGUGCCGGUGCCCCCGGGCAGCUGCCGGUGACGUCGCCGACGGCGCUCUCCUACUUUGCUGCGCACCCCCGGCGGCCCCAGGUGUACUUUGGCGACUAUCUGCUUCUGCAGACGCUCGGUGAGGGCGAGUUUGGCAAGGUCAAGCUCGGUGUCCACCGCACAUGGGGCGAGGAGACCGCCGUGAAGCUCAUCAAGCGCGACAAGGUCGUCGCUGCCGAGGAGCACGACGAGCUGAACAAGAUGAGCAAGGUGGAACGCGAAAUCCAAGUGCUCAAGGAACUUCGCCACCCCAACAUUGUGCAUCUCUACGAGGUGAUCGAGUCGGAGCGCUACAUUGGUAUCGUGCUCGAGUACGGCGCGGGCGGCGAACUCUUUGAUUAUAUCCUGGCACACAAAUGCCUCAAGGAGCGCGACGCGUGCCGCCUCUUUGCACAGCUCGUCUCGGGUGUCUCGUACCUGCACCGCAAGAAGAUUAUCCACCGCGACCUCAAGCUCGAGAACCUCUUGCUCGACCGCAACCGCAACGUGAUCAUCACCGACUUUGGCUUUGCCAACAACUUUUCCGCACGUGAGAAUGAUCUGAUGGCGACAAGCUGCGGGUCGCCGUGCUACGCUGCGCCGGAGCUCGUCGUGCAGGACGGGCUGUACGUCGGCGCCGCCGUCGACGUCUGGUCGUGCGGCGUGAUCCUCUACGCGAUGCUCGCCGGCUACCUGCCGUUUGACGACGACCCGGCGAACCCAGACGGGGACAAUAUCAACCUGCUGUACAAGUACAUCAUGGCUACACCGCUCACUUUUCCGGACUAUAUUGGGCCGGAACCACGCUCUUUGCUCUUGAGGAUGCUCGUGCCGGACCCAAUGCAACGCGCAACGCUCGACGAGGUCAUGGCACACCCGUGGCUCGCGCCGUACCGCGACCUCUUCCAGUUCUCGGUGCAGGAGCUCGAACGUGCGGCGAUCGAGCAGCAGGCCCAAAAGCGGCAGGGAUACCGCGAGCAGAUGCUCUACCAGCAGAAGCUGCUCGAACAGCAGUUUGCCGAAAAGGCCAUCCCGCGCUCCAACACAGACGUCCUGCCGACGCCGGUGCGCGACGAAUCGGUGCCGACGUCGCCCAGCCUCCCGACCGCCACCGACAUUCACCCGGCGCCGGCGAUCAAUAUGGCAGAGCCAAUGCCGAUGGCGCAGCCGGCUCCGGUGGCGCACGAGGCCAAGGAGGACGCGGCUCCCGUCGCCGCUCCGGCAGCAGCCGCCGCCGCCACCGCCGCCACCGCCGCCGCAGCCGCUUCCGCUGCCAUGCCGCCGCCGGAUGCACCGCCCAAGCGCAAGACGGCCGAGUCGAGCGAGCAGCCUUCCAAGGUGCACGCCACCGCCGACACCGAGCAGCGCGCCGAGUCAAAGCCGUCGUCCCGCCCGUCGUCGGCGAGCGGCAUCAAGGCACGCGUGCUCAGCAGCGGCGUCGGCGCCACCGAGCUCAACCUUGCUGCGCUGACCGGCACCAAGCGCUCGGGGUCCGCACGCCGCACGCCAGAGGGCGAGCCCGUUUCGUCGUCCAACUCGGCCUCGUCCAAGAAAAACAUGCGUGUGCCAAACACUGUACCAAACGCGCGUGCCGAGGCCGUGGAUAAGAGCGAGGGACGCGUGUACGAGUCGAAGCACUCGAGCCCAGUGACCGCUGCGCCGCCCGUCGUGGCGGCUCCGGCGGCUCCGGCGGCUCCGGUGGCCUCGGCGACCCCGACUGCCCCCGCUGCCGCUGACGCUACCGCCGACGCUACCGUCGACGCUGCCCCGGCCCCGGCCCCGGCCCCGGCGCCCGUGGCCGCGCCCGACUGGUUUUCGUCUUCUGCGCCGCCACUCGCUCCUUCCUCGGCGCCGAUCGCGACGCCUGCGCCCCGCCUCGACACUACCGAGCGCGGCCUGGCGCCGCCCCUCGUGUUCAAUACGGGAAUGCCGACGAUGCUUGCGUCGCUUCCUCCGUCCGCGGACCGUACGUCGCCGCGCGAGAAUGUCUUGUCGUCGUUUGGCCAGCCGCCCGUGAGCCUCACGACCUACCUCCCCCAGCGCCUCAACGAGCCGGCGCGGCCCCGCAAGUCGUCCACGAGCAAGGCCGAGGCCGAGGCCGAGGCGAGCGUCCCGGUGCCUGCUGCGCCCGUGUCCUUGCAGCCCGAGACGUCUACGAUUCCGCGCAAGCAGCCCCCGCCCCGUGAGGACGCCACAGACGCGUCGCCGUCCAAGAAGCGUGCGUCGCUGCAAGCCCCCCCGGUUGCGCGCCCCAAGACGGAGCGCCCCCGCCCCCUCUCGAUGCAGGCCAUGCCGGGCGAGUCGCUGAGCGUGCCGACGGCCACGGUGCCGAGUGCGCCAGGCCGCGUCUCGCUGGAUACCACCAUCGAGCGGCCGCCGUCGCAGCAGAGCACGUUUGGGCGCACGGGACGCAAGGACGAGCGGCCGAAGCGCUCGGUGCCGUGGUGGCGCCGCCUCUCUGGCACGCACCAGCCCCAGUCGCUGGCCGUCGUGCGCGAGGGCCGCGACGAGAUGCGCCGGCGCCCCGAGCCGGUGCACAAGCCUGCGCCCGCGCUGCGCCCCGAAGGCGGCGCGGCAGUCACGUUUGCGAGCGGCAGCGACCGCCGCUUUUCGUCGCAGGCCGACACGCGCCCCGAGCCGGACUACCGCCGGAUCUCGCUCGCGGGCGACGCGCGCACCGCGCCGCGUCCCAUGCGCACCGAGAACGACGACCGCCGCCUUACGCUGCACGUCGGCGCGGUCGACCAGGCGGCGCUCACGACGCGCAACCCCGACGAUGUGAUGCGCGACGUGUUCGACGCGCUGUUUAGCAUGGGCGUCGAGAUGCGCCGCGCACGCAACUCCGAGUUCCGUAUCGAGUGCAUGCGUGUCAAGCGCCCCGGCGUGCUGCGCCAGUUUUUGACUGGCGCGCGCGAAGACGAUCCUUAUCGCAACCGCUGGUCCCGCCUCGGCCGCGGCCGUCCGCUGAGCUCGAGCGGUCAGCCGCGCGCCUCGUUCAGCCACGACGAGAUGGAGCGCGGCCUGUCCCGCAUGAGCAUCGGCGGCCUGCCGUCGUCCAACACGGGCCUGUCCCGCUUCUCUAUGGACGAGUCCGCGUAUGCCGCCCCGAAUACCGCACCGCUCUAUGGCGACUCGUCGCAGGACGGCGGCCACGAAAUCCGCUUCUCGGUCGAGGUGACGCGGAUCCCCACCCUCCACGGGCUGUACAGCGUGGACAUUCGUCGGAUCAAGGGCAAUGUCUGGUCCUACAAGUUCCUCUAUAAUGCGCUCUUGGAGCGGAUCGAACUCGGGGGUAGCGUGCCUGUGCGCCGCUAA